UUAUUGAAUGUCAGAAUUGGGGUUCAUGACAUGGGGACCCUUUGUUUAGGCGGUUCACUCGUUUCUUCGCUGAAAAAGUCGCAACACAAAUGAUCGAGGCUUCUUAACGAAACAGCCGGACCCAAGAUGAAGUGUCCGUACUGCUUAGCGGCGCAGGGACGCUGCACCACGACAACCACUGGCCGCUCAAUCACGGAGUGCACCUCGUGCGGCAGAGUCGUCGAAGAGCGAAUGUUCCAAAACCACCACUUAUUCCAUCUCCGAGCACAGGACAACCCGCUAUGCCUGGUGACCUCCGAUCUCCCCACAGUCACCCCCGCUCUUCAAAACAAGAACAACGACGAGGACCCUUUCGAGCCGACGGGCUUCAUCACGGCCUUCUCCACCUGGUCCCUGGAGCCCAGCCCACUCUUCCUCCGCUCUUCUCACUCCUUCUCCGGCCACCUCGCUGAGCUUGAACGGACCUUCGAAGUUAUCUCCUCUUCUUCAACCUCCACGUCAUCGACAGUUGUGGUUGAUAAUUUAAGAGCAUAUAUGCAGAUCAUUGACGUGGCAUCGAUUUUACAAUUGGAUUAUGAUAUAUCUGAUCACGCAUUUCAGUUGUUUAGAGACUGUUGUUCAGCUACUUGUUUGAGGAACCGGAGCGUUGAGGCUCUUGCCACUGCUGCUCUUGUUCAUGCCAUUAGGGAGGCCCAAGAGCCCAGAACUCUGCAGGAGAUUUCGAUUGCGGCUAAUGUGCCUCAGAAGGAGAUUGGAAAGUACAUAAAGAUACUUGGAGAGGCUUUGCAACUAAGUCAGCCUAUUAAUAGCAACUCCAUAUCAGUUCAUAUGCCCAGAUUUUGUACUCUUCUUCAACUCAACAAAUCUGCUCAGGAACUGGCAACUCACAUUGGAGAAGUUGUAAUUAACAAAUGCUUUUGCACUCGGAGGAACCCCAUUAGCAUCUCUGCAGCUGCUAUAUAUCUGGCCUGCCAGUUAGAAGACAAACGCAAGACUCAGGCAGAGAUUUGUAAGGUGACAGGUCUGACUGAGGUUACACUAAGAAAAGUAUACAAGGAGUUAUUGGAGAACUGGGAUGACCUGCUCCCAUCUAAUUAUAUUCCAGCUGUCCCUCCGGAGAAAGCAUUUCCCACUACUACAAUUGCUUCUGGACGCACAUCAACAGUUAAAGUUGAUUCGAGUGAAGUGACUCCUUUAGACAAAGAUAAGCAGCCAGAGACUAAGCCAAAUGAACUCCUAGAAGCUGAAAGUAGUGGUGAUGUUCAUGUUGCGAAUGCCUCCAUGUUGAACCUCCCACAGACCUUCACACAGCCCUGGCUUCAAUUAGCUGCAUCUAAAGUGAAGACAUCUGGAGAGAAAACUCAGAGUGUUCCUCGAGGAGACACCAUUGAUGUGCAGUCUAAUUAUCAAGAAUUAGACCAGAAGAUAGAUGAGGACACAAAGGCUGCUAUUACUUCUGUAAGGCCUAGCCAGUUUUCAAGUACUUCAGCUUCAAGCGUGAGUUCAAUUAUGUGGCCAUUUAGGCCUCCAUCAUCUUCCAGGUCUUCUGUGAGUGUUCAAGUGUAUCCAUCAAAGUUCCUGCCAGAUCACACUGAGCUUCAGGGAACUGGAGUUCAAAAUGAACACAAAACUGACAAUCAAUAUUCAGACACCAAGUAAUUCUAUAGAAUUGGCGUUCUGUUAAAAUCCCUUUUGACCUUUCUGAAUCUGCAAAUCUUUCGCUCCAGAGUUGCUAUUUCUCUUGAAUGGAUGUACUUAUUGUUUCCCACAACUCUAUAUCGCUCAAAAUGUUUUUGCGUCUUUGAAGAUGCCUCUACUAAUUAGGUAUAGGAUUCCAAUUAAACUACAAAAUCAAAUUGUAUUGUGACAUACUUUUUCCACUGUUGCAGCAUUGAUCUUUUGGCACUUCUGCACAUUUUAUUUUGUUGCAACACCUUGCUCUUGCUGACGGGCAUUGCUCUGUAUUUUGUGAUUCCCCCUUUUGAAUUUUCGCAUCUUCUUCAUUCUAACUCAAGUUCUCAAUCCAUUUGAUUUUGCUUGUCAUGAA